GCGGCGGCGGCGCGGGGACUUCCGGGACCCUGACGGGCGCUGACUCGGCCAUGGCGGUGAACCUGAGUCGGAACGGGCCGGCGCUGCAGGAGGCCUACGUGCGGGUGGUCGAUGAGAAGUCCCCGACCGACUGGGCUCUCUUUACUUACGAAGGCAAUAGCAAUGACAUCCGCGUGGCCGGUACUGGGGAAGGGGGCCUGGAGGAGCUGGUGGAGGAGCUGAACAGCGGGAAGGUGAUGUACGCCUUCUGCCGGGUGAAGGACCCCAACUCUGGCUUGCCCAAGUUUGUCCUCAUCAACUGGACAGGCGAGGGCGUGAACGACGUGCGGAAGGGAGCGUGCGCCAGUCAUGUCAGCACCAUGGCCAGCUUCCUGAAGGGAGCCCACGUAACCAUCAAUGCCCGGGCUGAGGAAGACGUGGAGCCUGAGUCCAUCAUGCAGAAGGUGGCCAAGGCUUCAGGGGCAAACUACAACUUCCACAAGGAGAGCAGCCGCUUCCAGGACACAGGCCCCCAAGCCCCCGUGGGCUCUGUGUACCAAAAGACCAACGCCAUGUCUGAGAUCAAGAUGGUUGGCAAAGACAGCUUCUGGGCCAAAGCAGAGAAGGAUGAGGAGAACCGCAGGCUGGAGGAGAAGCAGCGGGCAGUGGAGGAGCGUCAGCGGCUGGAGCAGGAACGCCAGGAGCGGGAGCGGCGUGAGGCUGCCCGCCGCGAGCAGCGCUAUCAGGAGCAGGACCACGAGUCCAGUGCCCAGAGGAAGCCUGAACAGCAGCAGGAAGUAGUUUCAGGGACAAGGGGGGACCAGCAGCACACGCACCCACGGGACAUCUUCAAGCAGAAGGAGAGGGCCAUGUCUACCACCUCCAGCCCCAGCCCCCAGCCAGGCAAACUGAGGAGCCCCUUUCUGCAGAAGCAGCUCACCCAACCAGAGACCUCCCUCACCAAGGAGCCCAUUCCUGCCUCCUUGAGGCCCUGCACAGAUUUCCUCAAGGAUCCAGCACCCAUUGCCCCUCAGUCUCCAGUGCAGGUGGAAGGGGAGGCUGUCUACAAGGAGCCCCUGGAGCAGGAGGAUCUCUACGAGGAGCCCCAACUGGUACAGCAAGAAGAUGCUGGUUCUGAGCGCAGCACCUACUAUGAGCAGGGGCCAGGGCUGCUUGGGAAGGGACUUUGUGCCCGGGCGCUGUAUGAUUACCAGGCAGCUGAUGACACAGAGAUCUCCUUUGACCCCGAGAACCUCAUCACGGGCAUCGAGGUGAUCGAUGAGGGCUGGUGGCGUGGCUACGGGCCGGACGGCCACUUCGGCAUGUUUCCUGCCAACUAUGUGGAGCUUAUCGAGUGAGGACAGGCCGUGCCUGAGGCCCUUGUCCUUCCCUCUUUACCAGGACACAGCCUCCUUAUUGCUGGAGGAGGUGGCAUGAGAGCUACCUGUCACUCUUCCAGGAAUAAGACCCCCUGGAUGAGGAUGAGGCCUCAGGACCCCCACUUACAGCAAUAAGCUGCUGAUUCCCAAACAUGCUUCCAGCAGGACAUCGAGCUGUACCUGUGGCCAGCCCUUGGUGACCUCUGCCUAAGGAGAGUGGCGGGAGGGGGCAUCGGAGGUUGCCCCACACCCCAGGCUGCUGUGUGCCUUUUCCAUACAGGGAGCUUGCCAGGAGCAGCCGCCCUUUUUCCUUCUUCUUGCUUCUAGGGUGGUGGCUGCAGCUGUCAGGAGUGACCUUCAGGUACAGUGAGCUUAGAGAACUGUGCUUAGCAGCAUAUACGACCAAAGUCAGACUGGACCUUGGUGACUGAGGGCAGGGAGAGGGUCUCACUGGAGCUGGCUCAGUGGCCCUUAGCCUGGAGGGCAUAGAGCAAAGGGAGGUAUGAAAAUGUCACAAUCACAGUACAUGCCUAAGCAGGACAGCUCCCUGUGUGCUGCCGCACGCGCACCGCUCAGCCAACUCCAGCUCCCUCCUCAGAGUUCUUGUUUCGGGAAAAGUAACAAGAAAAUGGCUCACACCUGC